AAUAGUUCUCAUGGAGGAUACAAAAUGGCUGGGUGCCACUUCAACCACUGGGGGCGAAAGAUAUGUCUUCAUGAACGCCGGAGGAAAUGACAUCGAUGGGCAGUGUCGACCCGAAGAGAUCGCUACCAAUAUAAUGAGGCUAGUGUCUGAAUUGAAGCAGCGUGGAACAGAGCGUGUGUGGGUGUCUGCCAUCGUCCACAGAGGAAGAUUUCCGGCACAUACGAACAUGACACCAACAAAAAUCAGAAAAUCAGUAAAUGAAAGACUUAAAAAGGCUCUUGUGGAUGAUUAUGUCGACAUGGGGAAGCGUCUGACAUACACCAGACAUUAUGAUAGAGACUUAAUUGGUUCACCCGGGCAGGGAAGGUGGCAUGGACGUGUUUCUUGGAACAGUCCUAAGGUCAUUCGCAAAAACGCUAAGGGCAGACAAGCGAUAAGUCCUCAUGAAUGA